AUGAUCUGGAAGAAAUCGGACGAGAUUGAUAUCACCAAAGCAACAACGUUUCGAGUCGAAUUUGAACUAGAAGCGUUAUCCAGACUUGUCCAUGACAAUAUUGUGAAAUUUUAUGACCAAUUUCAAGAAGAUGGUGCACAGUAUAUCAUUAUGGAGUACUGCAAAUAUCGGUCAUUGCGGGAUUAUGUUAAACAAAAUGGAAGAUUGUCUGAUUUUUCAGCGGCAUACAUUCUUCGUCAAUUAGUAAGUGCAGUGAAACAUAUACAUGAUCGUAAUAUGAUACAUCGUGAUCUUUCCGCUGGAAACGUCCUUAUUUCAUCGAUCAGGGAAGACAAAUUAUUUGUUAAACUUGCUGAUUUUGGCCUCGCAACAAAAUUUCGGAAAGGUGAUGUUGCUAGGACAAUGCUUGGAACUCCCGGAUAUAUUGCGCCGCAGGUGUACAAUCGGCAUUAUAAUCAAAAAGCAGAUGUCUACUCAUUGGGUGGAAUAUUAUAUCUAAUGCUAACUGGAAACGAUCCUCCGCGAGAUCACGAAGUGAAUCCUUUCAAAGAAACAAUCUCGCUGGAAAGUGCUACUCUCAUCCAAAGUAUGAUGGAUCCGAAUGAAGAAAGACGUAUUACUCUCGGAGACAUAUCACUAAGUGACUUUAUGAGGAAAGUUGAUGGACUUAGUCUUCCUAUAAGUCGAUCUCGCGAAACAUCAAAAGAAAGAAUCAUUUAUCGUGACUGUCAAACUGCGCAUAUUUCACCAGUAAUUGUUCGAGCACAUUCAGCGAAACCAACAGCUAGUGGAUAUAGGCGUAUAACUAAAGAUUCUGCAUUUGAAAGCGGUGAAAGUACUCAUCCUUAUCGUCGACGACCAUCUUUGGAUUAUUAUCAUGGUGAAUCGACUGGCAUAACAAAUUGUCGGCAUAGCACUUAUUUGGAGAAUCAAUGUGCACAUUGUGGCAAACAACAGUCAUUGGAAAGAAAGUGUGGAAGGCAGAUUGACGUAUACGAACCUAAUGGUAUACGGCAUUCAUCACAUGCAAAACGGAGACCUGCACCUACUGAACCAGUUGGUACCAAUUUGAAGCAGAUAAAGGACAACUUUGGUGAUCAUUCAAAUAAAACAACUACCACACUUAUAUGGCCAGUUGAUGUAUCACGUUUGGCGCCUUCGGAGACUGUACGAAAAGCUGGAAGGUUUACACUUCAAAAAAAUGGAACAAUUGUUUACGAAGCUACUAUUCGAGAUCGAAGCCAUUCAGUUCAUCGAAGUAACGCUAUAAAUGAUGAAAUGCUCGUAAAUUGGAUUGCUAUAGUGAAAAAAACAGCGAAUGGGGAACAGAAUUUUUCAGUUUUUCAUCAGCCAGACAAAUGUGCUUUUCUUAUUACAAAUAAUGAAACACCAUCCCUUCCAGACGAUGCUAAAAUCCAUCGUAAUUAUUACAGUUUAAAACAGUUGCAACAGAGAAUCGAUAAAGUGGAUGAGAUUGCUUAUGCCUUGUACAGAAAGAUUCUGGAUGAGGUGAGUGCGUUAGGCGCACGCGUUGUCAAGAUUAUCUUCAAGCCAUCAUGUGAUAGUACUGCUAGGCUGAUGGAAAAUGGCGAUUUUCGAGUCAAAUUUCAAGAUGGACGGUUAGCUAUGCUAAAAAAAGGCGCAGAUUCGAUUGUUGUUACAACAAAUAAUAAGGAUCUCACAUCUUUAUCAAGUAAAGAAAGAUGCAUGUUCGAAUGUGCUCACAAGGAUGCUGUUUUGGUGGAAACAUUCUUAGAGAGUGCGCCGUUGAAAACUGUGAAAUCGUUUCCAUUUCACUUCUCAAAUAGCAGUCAAUUCAUUACGAAUGAAAUAACUGAAAAAAAUUUGGCAAAACAGCAAGCAAAUCAUAUGACCUCGGAAAGAUUCAGCUGUCCCACUCAGCGAUUAUCAGGUAAAAAGUGUCAAUCUACGGAUUACGUACCGAGACAAUCUCGUGCACCACUUUGCACUCGCAAUAUGUCACCGUUACCAAGGAAUUCAAAUAAUGGUUUCAAAAUUAUUCCGAAAACCAGAGGAGCAAGUUGCUCAUCACCUGAAAAUCUGCAAUUGCCUCGCCAUCGACCUCAAAUGCUUGCGGAAGGAGAGUAUAUCUUGCGCGGUCAGUUCAAAAAAAAUGGCAUACAAAUUCCAACGCGCAUCAUUUUAAACAAUUCAAAAAUCGCUCUGGAAUUGCGAAUAUCCUCUAACGAUCCAGAAAUUUUUGUUUUUAAAGAAGAUGAUCGUGAGGAGAGGUUUCGGUUUGAUGGUAUCAAUUAUGGCUGUGUCCCAGUAGCCGCUCGUGACCUUCUUUUUACACUGUAUCAGAAACGACAGAAAUUGAAAGCAUCAUUAAAUUGCGCUUGA